UGGGGGAGGCGUGCUGCACGAAGCGCCGUGACGGGCCGUGACGGUCCGGCCGUGAUGUGACGGCUGGGGAAUCGGCGGCGCCAUGGGAAACAUCCUGGAACCUCAAUGUGGCCAAGGCCGCCUGCUGGGUGACGGAGAGGCAUCCCUCGGCUCCAGGUACCAAACUGAUAUGUUUCCGCGGAAGCUGGGAGAAGGGCAGUUCUCCAAAGCUUAUGUUUGCUGGAACAAGAACAAGUCAUCCCAGUGCUACGCAUUGAAGGUCUUUGUUGCAGCAAGUGAAGGCGCAGAUCAUGCAACAAAUGAAAUUCGGGUUCUGCAUGCCUUGGGCCAACAUCCCAGAAUUAUUCGACUCAUAGACGUCGACAACCAGGACCCCCGAAACAUGCGGCUAGUGCUAGAGCUUUGUGAAGGAGGCCAACUUUUUGAUCGCCUGGUGUCUCUUGGCCGAUACAAGGAAGCGAAAGCUGCGUGUGUUGCGCAAGAGAUUUUGGAGGCAGUGGCCUACAUGCACGGCAAGGGAAUCAUGCAUCGAGACCUCAAACCAGAGAACAUUCUCAUGGUCUCACCGGAUAGCGACAUCAACAUCAAGGUGUGCGACUUUGGCAUUGCCAAAAUGGUCGACCCGUUGGACAAGAUUGUGAUCCCUGACCAGGUGAUCCAAAGAUGGAGGAAGCCGCCUCCCCGUGCCACAUCCUUCAAGGGAUCGGACUUCUACUUGGCUCCAGAGAUGAUACGACAAGAAGAGUAUGGCCCUGAAAUUGAUAUUUGGGCCUUGGGUGUGACCACCUACUCAUUGAUCUGCGGUUCAUUGCCGUUUGUCGGCGAUGAUGGUGUUGAAGACCUUCGAGGGACCUACCGCAAAAUCGUGAAUCGAGAAAUUCACUUUGAGGGAGAGGCUUGGGAUGAAGCCUCCCAGAUGGUUAGAGAUUUCAUUUUGCAGAUGCUCUGCAUAGAUCCAUCUCAGCGACUCACCGCAAGAAAGGCUUUGGAGCAUAAUUGGGUGAAGGCUGCAGACUUCUCUGAAAGUGACGAUGACGUCGAUGACGCCGAUGACGUCGACGAUGAUCGGUCAGAUCGCUCAGAUCGUUCCGAUUCUUCCCUCGUUAUUGAUGAAUUAGACGAUGAAGGAGGCCCACCACCCGGCUGCAUGUCGAAAAAUGUCGAAAAGCUGGGACAUGCUGAGACGUUACAUGCCGCGCUGGAGCCUGUUUCGAUGUGGCUGAUGUGA